AUGCCCACCUUUGAUGAUGUUCUGGAAGAGGUGGGGGGAUUUGGACUGUACCAGAAGAUCGUCUUCUUCUUGGUAUGCCUGAUCUCGGCCAUGUUCUCCUAUCUGUACGUCGGCUUUGUGUUCCUGGCCGUCACUCCCGACCAUUGGUGCAGGAGUCCCGGAGUGUCCGCACUGAGAGCCAAAUGCAACUGGUCCCUGGAGCAGGAGAAGAACUUCACGCUGCCCGCGGGCCGCGCUGGGAGCUCCCCGUACAGUCAGUGCGAGAGGUUCGACAUAGACUGGAAUUCCUCCUCCGUUAGCUGUGAAAAUCCACUUCCCUUCUCCUGGAAUAAUUCCCGAGAUCUUCCCCUGACAAGGUGCCGGGACGGAUGGGUUUUUGAAAACGGUUCUAUCUCCAGCAUUGUAACCGAGUUUGAAUUGGUAUGCUCGGACGCCUGGAAGGUGGAUCUGACUCAAGCCUGCCUCAACCUGGGCUUCAUGGUGGGGACGAUCAUCAUGGGCUACGCGGCGGACAUGUUUGGUCGGAAAUUCAGCUUCUUGUCUGCGACAUUAGUGACUGCGGUGGUGGGGCUUAUUGUGGGCUUCCUGCCAAACUACACCUGGUUUGUGAUCUUCCGAACUUUCCAGGGCGUGUUCAGUAAAGGCUGCUGGCUGUGUGCAUACGUCUACAUCACAGAGCUGGUGGGGCUGGAGUACCGAAGGACUGUGGGCAUCCUGUACCAGGUCUGCUACAGCACCGGAAUGAUGCUGCUUCCGGCCGUGGCCUAUCUCAUUCCCGACUGGAGGAACCUGCAGCUGGCCACCACCAUUCCCAACUUCCUCUUCCUCGCCUACUACUGGAUAAUUCCAGAGUCUCCCAGGUGGCUACUGUCUCAGAACAAGAACGCACAGGCCAUGGAUGUGGUGCAGAAGAUGGCCAAAAUGAACGGGAGCAGUCUCUCCCAAAAAUACGAGAAAGUUGAGGAGAAUACAGAAGACUUGGGCCGCCCAUCAUUCGUAGACCUGGUCCGAACUCCUCAGAUAAGGAAACACACUCUGAUCUUGAUGUACAACUGGUUUGCCUGCGCCCUGGUGUACCAAGGUCUGGUCAUGCGCUUGGGGACGCUGGGUGGAAACAUCUACCUUGACUUCUUCAUCUCCGGAGCCGUGGAAAUCCCGGCAGCGAUCCUCAUCCUUCUGGUCAUCGAGAGGAUUGGGCGCCGCCUCCCCUUCGCUACCGGCGGGCUCGUGUCGGGGGCAUCCUGCCUGAUCGCAGCCUUCAUACCCGAGAGUGUCAGCUGGUUAGCGACGGCAAUCGCAUUUGUCGGUAAACUGGGCAUCACCAUAAGCUUCGAAAUGGUGGUGUUUGUAAACGCUGAGUUAUACCCGACUUUUAUCAGAAACCUGGGUGUGUCUGUCUGCUCUACCCUGUGUGACAUUGGAGGGAUUGUGUCUCCGUUCAUCGUCUACCGUCUGGCUGAUGUCUGGGCAGGAUUGCCACUCGUGGUUUUUGGGGUGAUCGGGCUGAUUUCCGGGGGCCUGGUGCUGCUUUUGCCCGAGACAAAGGGGUUGACUUUGCCCGACACUAUUGAGGAUAUCGAGAACAUCAGCCGGUGA